AAUCCCAAAUAUGAGACAAUCAAAUUCAAACGUGCUUAUUUCUUAGGGUUCAUAGAGCGGUCUUACUUAAUUUCACUGAGCCAGCGUACAUUGUGUUUGUGUAUAGAAACUGAUGAAGGAUGUGUUGGGUUCCUUCAGUUUGAAGAGGCUAGGAACUAUUCGGAGCUACGCGAAGCAUCUUCGCAUCGAUGGCGUCAAGGAUACUAUAGCCGUCGCUUCCGGUAAAGGUGGUGUGGGCAAGUCCACAACCGCUGUUAAUUUAGCUGUUGCACUUGCUACUAAGUGCCAAUUGAAGGUUGGUUUGCUUGACGCUGAUGUAUAUGGACCGAACAUUCCCACCAUGAUGAACAUCAACACAAAGCCUGAAGUCACUCAAGAUAAGAAAAUGAUUCCUAUCGAAAAUUAUGGGAUCAAGUGUAUGUCAAUAGGGUUCCUUGUGGGGAAGGAUGCCCCAAUUGUCUGGAGAGGUCCCAUGGUAUCAAAUGCUCUUGAGAAAAUGACAAGGGGAGUUGACUGGGGUAACCUUGACAUUCUAGUGAUGGAUAUGCCUCCUGGCACUGGUGAUGUCCAGAUAGCUAUGUCUCAGAAUCUGCAAUUAUCAGGUGCGCUGAUUGUUUCAACUCCUCAAGAUGUUGCAUUAAUGGAUGCCAGGAGGGGAGUAAAUAUGUUCCAUAAAGUUGAUGUUCCGAUUUUGGGAAUUGUAGAGAACAUGAGCUGCUUCAAGUGUCCGCACUGUGGUGAACCUUCAUACAUAUUUGGUAAAGGAGGGACUCAUAGGACAGCCGCUGAAAUGGGAUUAGAAUUUUUAGGCGAGAUACCACUGGAAGUGGAAAUUAGGGAAGCGUGUGAUCAAGGGCACCCCAUAGUGUUGGCUGCACCUGAUUCGUUAGUUUCCAGAGCAUAUAACGCUGUGGCUGAAAAAGUUGCUCAGAAACUCAAGGAACAACCACUCCAACCUGAGAUUAUACUAUGAAUGCUGUCCUUCAAUAUGUGAGCAAGUUAUCCAGUACAUACAUUUAUCCAAGAAAGGGGGACCGAGCUGCCUGCCGGGAUGCUCUGUAACCAAGACCUGCAGCAUUUGAUUACGCUUAAAAUUUGUUAAAAUUAUGGUAUGAGACACAGGACUGGUUUAUGAUUUAAAAUUGUAGAUUCGAGCAUCUUCAUCAAUUUUGUAAAAUAAGCAGUCAAUGAUUCUCUGACGUCACAUAGGUGCUGUCAAAUUAGCAGUAUGAUUUCUAUGCAACACUGACGCUACACGGGAUUGUUGCUACAGGAUUCUCUUGCUAUGCCAUUCCCUAGUUAUAUGCUCUCUCUCUCUCUCUCUUUUUGUUAGUGGUUGAUUUGGAUGCAUUGUGGCAGCGUUAUCUGCAACAUCUUUGUCAAAGAGAAUGCACUGAGAAUCUGCAAUUCUUGAUCUAGGCUAUAUGAUAGUUUUAAAGCUCAAAUAAGUGGUCGUCGCUGGAAUUUUCUCCUUUAGCCUCAUUCUGGACUUGGCCCAUUACUGUAGUAUGCAAUUUGACUAAUUAUUUAACACAUUAGUAAAAUAUUUGGGAAUGUUUAGAUAGAUUUGA